AUGCAAGUGAGAUACUUUAUUGAAGCAGCUUUUUUCAUUGCUCUUUCAUGCUUCUUCCAAUACUACAUUAGUGCAUUUAACUCAUUGAUUCAUAAAAUUCAUGAAGAGAUUCAAUUGAUUACUCAUCAAGAAGGGAAUCAUGAAGAGUAUUUAAAGGAGCUAGACUCGUUACUUUUGGAAGCUGGUGAGGAUAUAUACACUGCUAUGUAUGUUUCAAUAUUGAUAGCAUCGAUUAAUGAGCAAAGAUCUCGUCUUCAAAAUGAUUUUGGAGAGGGUCAUCUUACCACUCAUGAGAUAUUUAUACUAAAUGUAAUAGAAGACAUUUCUGAUGGUAGCUUUAGAUUUGAUAUUUUGUUAGCAAUCCACACUGGGUUUCUAUGGCUAAAAGUAAUGCUUUUGCUAAAAUUGACAAGAAUGUUCGGACCUUUGAUAAAAAUCGUAGAGAGUAUGCUAGUUGAUAUUGGUUAAUUUGCAGUAGUCUGGAUAAUAAAUCUUGUGUUUUUUGCUUGUGUUGGUAUGCUUUUGUUUGGAGAGAUUGAAGUAUAUGAUCAUUUUUAGGAUACUAUAAUCAUGUUUAUUGAAAGUGCACUUGGAGAUUGGAAUCUUCAUAUUUAUGAUGAUCUAAAGAUUGGACCAUAUUUUGGUAAAAUCUACCAUUUAGUAUUCUUAAUUUUCAAUAUGGUUCUGAUGCUUAACUUGAUGAUAGCCAUACUUUCAACUACUUUUUCUAUAUUACAAGAAAAGAAAUUAGCCCUUUACUAUGAUGGUGUUAUCGAAGCUAUUCCUUAGUAUAAAUAUGAUAAGACUUAUGGCUCUAUGAUCUGUGCAUUUCCUCCAAUGAAUCUAAUAAUUUUUCCUUUCAAUAUCUUCGGUAAAAUGAUUAAAGAUAAAAUAAUUUUGAGAAAACUUGACGAUUUUCUUAUGAAAAUAGCAUAUUUACCAGUUCUAAUUUUAAGUCUAACUCUUUUUGUCAUUGGAAACCUAAUAGCUUUACCAUUUGCUUAUUUAUUCACAGUUUCAUUAAAAUUCAAACAUGCCUUUCAAACGAAUAAUGCGUUACAUUUCUUGAUAUUUGGAUUGAUCUAUCUAACUUUUUCUCAAAUAACAGAUAUUUUUAUUUUCUUCAGACAUUCAUUUUCAAAUAACUAUGAAAAACUUCAACCUUUUAAUAGGCCAGUUAUUUCAAGAGAUGGGAAAACUCAUGUAAGAAUGAAAGAUAUUAUGACAAGGCUUCGAGAAAUGACAAAUAUAAAUGAGAAUAUUUAACUUAUUGUUUAUGGCCCUCUAAUGAAAAGUAAAAUUAAUGAUUCCGAAUAUGAGCACAUAGUUAGGAAAGAUAACUUCUUGAAGAACAUUUAGGGCUUUAAUAGUCUUAAACUAGUUGUUGGCAAUUGCUGCAAUGAAUAAAAUAUGGUGGAUGUAAAAUUAGUAAAUAUUCAUGUUAAGGAAAUGGAAAUAAAAAUGAGAAUUAUUGUUAGUAACUUAAAGAAAGAAGCCAAUUUAAUAAUUAAGAAUCAAACUAUAUUUAGAUAAAAUUUAAAGAUAGGAUAAAUAAAAGAUAAACUCCAGGUUAGUAAAUAUUUAAUUACUGAAUAUUAAAGAUAAAAAAAGAAUAUUUCAACGGAAUUCGCAUUUGUAAAUCCAAAAAGAAUUAUUGAAUCAAUUCAACCUUAACAAGAUAGAGAUAAUAAGGAGAAUUCCUAAGUUUUAAAGUCAAUCUUAAAUAUGGUUUAAGAUAUCAAAGAUUAGCAUUUAGCUUAACGUAAAAGAAGUAAAGUAAGAAUUGCUGUAACUAAUUUAAUGCCUUUGAAUAAGACUGCAACUGAUAAUUUCCCAAUUAGGUCAGAAGACCAAGGAGCACUAACGACUCAUGAGUAAAGAAGACAUAAAACUACUAAACUUGAAGAUAAUUUUGAUGGAGAUUCAUUCUGGGAUGAUCUUGAAAAUAUAGAAGAAAAUAAGCUGAAUGAUUCAGUAGAUUUUUGA